GUAAUCGCCGUUUCUGCCUGUCCUCAAUUUGUGGAACAGUUAUCCCGCGUCAAGGUGUUUGCUGGUGCGGCUGCUGUUCUGAGCUGCCGCAUUCAACCGUGGGUCACUGAAUCCUUCAGUCCAACCGGCCAACCACAAGAGGAUAACAUGCACAUCACUUGGUACCAGUACAACACAGUCAUUACGCCGGAGAUUCAACAAAAAAUGGGCAUCGAAAUCAGCCAGGAGGAUGGUCUUUGUACCCUUCGCCUUGCAAAAGUUACGCGCAGAUUUGCUGGAAUCUAUAGUGCAAAUAAAUACGCUAUUGAAAUCAAGCGAGCAGUAUGUUUGUUUGUAGUGUUUGUCGUCAUCUAUGUCAAGUGGCUGUUGGGCUUAAACAGACGAUUAUCCAAACGUCUCUUGAAGACGUUCACAGUGGCUGAAUGCACAAUAGACUCGGGCAAGGAGUUCCACUGUCGAAUGACCCUUUGA